UGUGGAAAUGACUAUAGACAUCAGAUACUUUACUCUUCUGUCUCAACUCAACCUGCGGAUUUUGAAAACACAUUUACUCACUCUUCUCUUACACUUUGAAUUAGAGUAGAGAAGAAGCAAUAAUGGCACUCCUACUAGUUCCACUCAUAUACUCUCUCUUCACGCUACUCUCCACAGCCAACUCUCAUUUCUCCUCUUUUUCUUCUACUUCUCCUUCCGCUUCCUUCUCGGAAUGGCGACCCGCUCGGGCAACCUACUACGCGGCGGCAGACCCCCGAGACGCGGUGGGCGGCGCGUGCGGUUACGGAGAUCUUGUCAAGAGCGGUUACGGGAUGGCCACCGUUGGAUUGAGCGAGGCGCUGUUUGAGCGCGGUCAGAUCUGUGGCGCCUGCUUCGAGCUCAGGUGCGUCGAGGAUCUCCGCUGGUGCAUUCCGGGGACUUCGAUUAUCCUCACCGCCACUAACUUCUGCGCUCCAAAUUAUGGCUUCACGGCUGAUGGUGGCGGCCAUUGCAACCCUCCCAACAAGCACUUCGUCCUCCCCAUUGAGGCCUUCGAGAAGAUCGCCCUUUGGAAGGCAGGCAAUAUGCCAGUUCAGUACCGCAGAAUCAAGUGCAGAAAGGAAGGAGGAAUACGAUUCACAAUUGAUGGUUCAAGUAUCUUCAUUUCGGUGCUAGUUAGCAAUGUUGCUGGUGCUGGAGACGUAUCUGCUGUGAAAAUUAAGGGUUCAAGAACUGGUUGGCUUUCAAUGGGAAGGAACUGGGGCCAAAACUGGCACAUAAAUGCUGAUUUAAAAAAUCAACCCAUUUCCUUUGAGGUUACUAAUAGUGAUGGUGUCACUGUUACUUCCUAUAAUGUUGCACCAAAAAAUUGGAACUUCGGACAAUCAUUUGAAGGAAAGCAAUUCGCGUCCUAGAAAGCCCCAUCCUUGGAGAAAGGACUGAAUAGUAACAUUCAAAUUUUCUUUCUUUGGGGGGUGGAAGAGGGUGUAAGAAGUUAUUUCUUUUCUUUUUCUUUUCCCCUCUAGUUUUGGGUGCGAAAUAGUUAGGUUGCAAUUGAUGUUGUCUUUAAAACCAUUUCAUGUACUAGUGGCACGUCCUAGUAAAUUUGCAUGACAUGAUAUCAUAAUGGUGGUUAUUGUAUACUAAAUAUAAUGGAAAAUCCAUUCAAUUAAAUACAUGGUAUCAAUCCCAAAUUUGCUUCCUUGACUCUGGUAUGUUGCAUUGCAAGCUGUUGAUAUCAGGACUAUAAAGAAGCUCUACCCUCUUUUAUAAAAGAUUUUUCUAUUA